AUGGGUUCAUCGGCAGGUAAAAUUAGUCCUGAAGUAUAUAAUUCGAUCGCAAAGUACACUGAAUUAACACGAGAUGAUAUUCUGGCUUGGGAGAAUCGCUUCAACAACCAUUGCGAUCCUGGUUCAAACAAGAUGAACAAAGAACAGUUUUGUAAAUUCUACCAAGAACUUCGGCCGACCGAAAAUGUCAAACGUUUGAGUGAAAAUGUUUUUCGUGCGUUCGAUCUAAACGGCGAUCAUGGCAUAAGCUUUUCAGAAGUGAGUCUUUGUCCUCGAGAAGAGAAUAGCUGUUGA